AUGGACAGAGUCUCAAUUUUUAUGAUUUAUAGUGCUCUUUUUGGCCUAGUUGCUAACAUUGCUUUUGCACAAACUGUGCAUAUAGUUGGAGACAACAUGGAAUGGAGAAUUUCCACAAGUACUUCUGUUUCUUACUCCAAUUGGGCUUCUGGCAAAACAUUCGUGGUCGGUGAUAUCCUAGUGUUCAACUUUAAGACUAAUGAGCACGACGUAGUCCAAGUGCCCAAAGCCUCGUACGAUGCUUGCAGCGAAGACAAUGCCAUCGGCAGCAUCAUCACCACCGGACCGGCCAAUAUCACCCUCGACACGGCCGGUGAGCGCUACUACAUCUGCAGCAUAGGCGGCCACUGCGAAGCGCUACUACUAAUAUGA